AUGGAGGAUCGCACGGCGGAAGCGUGGAAGGCGUUUGGGGGCGACACGGAGGCAGGGCGGCUCUUGAAGAAGCUCUAUUGCGGCACAAGCAAGCCCAAACUAUCAUACCCGAAACUCAAGUCGAAGCCGCGGGAGACGACAGCACCGUUUAUUCCUGGCGGCGGAGUGGCGGGUGCUUCAGACUCGAGAACGCAUCAACUGGUGGCAAACACAUCGAGUCGGGCGAUCAGGACGCACCCGAUCGACUACCUUUCAACUCACAAAAAGCCGCAGAGUGAGAUUAAAAAGGAGCUGAGCGAGAUCAAGAGGCAGUUGGAGGGAGCUCGCAUGAGCUGCACGAGACUCACUCCGAAUCAGGAGAAGGAGAAGCCGCAUCAGCUUUUCUUGUUCACGACUGGGAGUAUUUUGCCCUGCGAGCUCUUGCCCGGAUCUGACCUCCUCGAUCAAGAACUCUCUCAUGCUGCAGCGUUGCGCAACGGCAAAUUCCCCAAGGAUCGACCGGCGCAGCUUGAGGAGCUUUACGAUGCGGUGCAGACAGAGGUGGAAUCUCGGAAGAGCUACGUGUCCGAAAUGAUCGCUCUGAGAAGACCAGAGAAGGCGGCCCCAGUCGAGCGCGAGAUCUUGGAGCGAAUGACUGAGCUACGCAAAAUCCACGAGCUCAUCUUAAAAGAGAAACGAAGCAACAACAAUUACAGUAACUAGUAACGUUAGUACUUCGAAGUAUUUUAAUACUAGUACGGUAGCAUCCUGGUAAACAGGUUGCUUAACGGGCGAUGCCCAAAUAGGGUCCCACCAGUUUA